AAGUCCCGCCCACUCGAAAAGUAAAUAAACAUAAAACAUAUUAACGGUGUGUCGACGCUACAACACGGUUACACUUUAUUUAUUGUCAUAAUAUUUCAACAAAAAACAGAAUAUCUGCAUUCAUGUUGUCAAAUUUUGGUCUCCGGGGGUGACGCUUAUUUUUUAAAUAAAUUUUCAUAAAAUAUUACUUUGAGAUGGGGUUGGCUCAAAGUGCAUGUAGUUACGUUUUUGGUCAACCAAGAAUAAGUUAUCAGAGGAAACGAAAACGACGGCAGCUUUCGACCGUUAAUGGAGAUGACAGUGACGUGGAUUCCAAUACAAGCAAAAGGAUGCGGUUAAUGACAACAUCACAAUACAUCUACAAAGCCCUUUUUCAGGAAGGUAAAAAUCAUGAUAUAACUCUCAUAAUACUUGGAGAAGAAUGGAAACUUCAUAAAAUCUAUUUGUGUCAGAGUCCAUACUUUGCCAGCAUGUUUUCAGGAUCUUGGAAGGAAUCAGAGCAGAAUGUAGUACACAUACAAAUUUUGGAUCCCAAUAUAACCUUUGAUUCAUUGAAAGUUGUAUUAGGUUCUCUUUAUCAAGAUGAACUGGAAAUUGAAUCAUCAGAAGUAGUUUCUUUAUUAGCUGCAGCAUCACUUUUACAACUAGAUGCAAUCAUUUUGAAAUGUUGUGAAGUAAUGGCUCAAACAGUCAAUAUUAAGACAGUGAUAACUUAUUAUGAAUCUUCCAAAAGUUAUGGAGUUUGUACUGUGAAAGAGGCAUGUCUUCAAUGGCUCUUAGUAAAUCUCUUAUGCUAUCUUCCUGAGUCACCUAAUCGAUUGCGCGAGAUCAGUGCCGAUCUGAUGGAGUUGUUAGUCACAUCGAAAAACCUGUGCGUUAUUCAGACUGAAUUCUCACUUUAUGUUCUAUUGAAGUUCUGGCUUUUUCUGAAACUCCAUCCUGAAUGGGAAGGAACGGCUCAAGAUGGCAUUACAUGUGCUAAUAAAUAUUUCCAAGCAGAAGCUGCCGAAUCGGAUUUAGAAUUUCUUUUGAGGGAAGUUGGGAAGCCGUAUUUGAAAGCAUUUAGUGGACUCAGGCUCGCAUCUCUUAUUGGGCAUCCACAAGAUGUUGACAUGAUUCAGGGUGAUCAAAUUAUACCGGCAUCACUUCUUCUCCCCGUUUUUCGUACCCAAUGGUAUCGGAUGCUUCAAGCCGAUCAAGGAUACGAUAAAGGGCCCCGCCAGCUAAAUGAAGCCGAAUUUGAUCAGCAUAGUCUUAGGUGUGGACGAGUUCUUUGUGCCAAUGGACAGCAAAUGUGGCGGUGGACUGGAUUUCACUUCGGAUUGGAUUUGGUUUUAACAUACGAGCACAGUUGUUUGAAAUUGCGUAGAAAUCAUCGCACGGAAAAUGAAAAGACGCUUAGUCAUCAAGCACGUCGGAAUUUAAUGUUUAAAUUGACUAUUUACGGUUUGGACGAACAGAGGAUGGUUCAAUACACACGAAGUACUGGAAUACAAUCGACGACUUUGGGAAAAAACGAAGAAAUAUGCCUUAUAACUCUGGAUAAAGAAGAACUUCCCUUGUUUUUAUCAGCUAACUUUCUAGUGGCAACUCCUCCUAUACCACGUGUUUCUCAAGUCAAAGAAGAUAUUAGCCUUAAUUUGUAAGUGGAAAUGGAACUUAACGUGAUUUAUAAAUGUAAAGCGACAAAUUUCAUACAACGUUUAAAAAAGCGA